AAUCUCUGGUCGUAAAUCCAGACAAUCCUGUUAGGGUCCUUGACGUGGCAUUCAUAAACAAUCAUGGCAGACUCUUCAGGAGUUUCUGUAAAUUUUGGUCAGAAUUUCGGGUUUUUACCGAACUUUAUUACACAUUCUCUCCCUCGCUGGCUUCUUUAAUGUGUGAGGAUCCAAAAUGAGCAGCUGGGCGGGAUUCUCCGAUGAGGAGCUGCGGAGGAUGCAGCAGAAAGACUCGGCCAAAGCCGCAGCAGCCGGCCCCGCUCGGAAGACGCCUUCCUCCAGCCGGAGUCGACAGCAGCUGCAACGUGAGAGGCUCCUGCAACUGUCCGUUCAGAAGAGCACUCAGGCUGGAACCGCUGCCCUUCCGGCGGAGCAGAAGCUCCAACAGCCGCCUCCAAAAGAGGAGGUUCAGCCCGCCGCCGGGUCAGGACCUUCUGCUGCUGCUGCUCCUGCCGUCAGACCGGACGGUCCGAAUAAAGCCGCUGCAAUCCAACCUCAUGAUGAGAACCAUCACGUGACUGCAGAGGAGGAGACCCCAGCAGUCAAAGAGCUGGAGCAACAGGAGGCAGAAGUACGAGAAAAGACGCGCCUGGAGCAACUGCAGCAGGAUCAAAAGCUCAUCGAAGAGAAGAACAAACGUAAAAAAGCUCUGCUGGCAAAAACUAUUGCUGAGAAAUCCAAACAGACUCAAGCUGAGGCCGUGAAGCUAAAGAGGAUUCAGAAGGAGCUGCAGGCGCUCGACGACAUGGUGUCCAAUGACAUCGGCAUCCUCAGGGGGAAGAUCGAGCAAGCCAGCUGGGACUACAGCUCUGCCAGGAAGCGUUUCGAAAAGGCCGAGGCCGAGUACGUUUCAGCCAAACUGGACCUGCACAGGAAGACAGAGGUGAAGGAGCAGCUGACGGAGCACCUGUGUGCCAUCAUCCAGCAGAACGAGCUGCGCAAAGCCCACAAGCUGGAGGAGCUGAUGCAGCAGCUGCAGCUGCAGGCCACCGAGGAGGAGGUGGAGGAGGAGGAAGAGGAGGGGAGGAGGAAUGGAGAGGAAGCACUGGGAAAAGCCAAAGAGGGAAGCGACUCCUCUGAGAAGCAGAAGCCGAAGGAACAGGAAUCAAAAGACUCAAAGGAGCAGACUGAGAAGGAGGCGGCAUCCGAGCAGGAGUUCAGACCACAGGAGAACUGUGUUCCCGCUGAAGCUGUGGACUCCUGACGCUCACAGAGAUUACCAUUCCACUGCUAUGAUUCCAGGAUCUUCCUUUUUAUUUAGAUCUAUUUUUUUAGAACAAACCUCUACUUUACAAAAAUAUUUUUCAAACACAGCAAGUUGGACAGCAAAAAUAAACCAACGUAGAUGUGGAAAAAAGAUGGAUUUGGAGAUUUAAUCCAGGUUGGGAGCCUUUGAAGUCAUCGAUCUUCCACUCAAACCUGCAAACCUGAACUUUGGUUUCUGCUGCUCGCUCAAACAUGCUUUCCUCCAUUUUUCUGUUAUUAUUCUAAGAUGGGACACACCUCCAGAAGUGUCGUGGAGUUCAGUAUUUUUUCUUUUUCUUGUAAUCAGUCAUUUUCCGGUCAAGACUUUAAAAUCCAUCCAGAAGAGCUACUUAAGCUACGUUUACAUCAUCCUCUGCGUCGCACGUUCAAGCGACCACUUUCAAAAGAAAGGUCUAUGUAAAUGCACGUUUUGGGCUUCCGUGUUAAAAGCUCCAGCGUUCAGGUGUCACUAUGCAAGUUUGUACGACCGUUUUCAGGCUCUACGUACGAAACUUUGACCAAUCAGGGAAUCAGAUGUAGUAGUGAUGUAUGGAUGCCGUCCCUUUUAAUUCACAGAAGUGCCAACCGCGUGAGAAUUAUCAUGGAGGAGAAAUAAAUAAUUGCGGUUUGAGCUUGAAUUGAAUGACAUCAAGUUAUUUAAUACAUCGGAAUAGGGCUGUGAAAGAAAAAGUCUUUAGCGAGAUUCAUCAGAUUUUCAGCGUUACGACAUUUCCCACCAAGCCUGUUCCACCGUAGGUGGCGGACAUGAGCUAGUAAACAGUGGAAAAAGAAGAAGAAGCCCCUCCCUGCUUGUCCAGUGUGAACACCAUGGCCUAAAUGGGCGUUCAACAACUGUCUUUAGCGAGUUCUUGAAGGGGCAUUGCAUGCCUUUUGUGGCCAUAGCUAAAUAUCUGCCGAACUAACUUUAUUUACAGAAAACUGGGAAGACACUAGUUAAAGAAAGACCCAAAGUUUAGGCAUAAAUGUGAACACUAGCAGCUUUUUUCCUGUCACUUUUUGACCAGUUUCCAUGUUUUGGAGUCAUGUUUAAAAACUGACUCAAGAAAAUUGGGAUUUAACAUGAUCUUUUGGGCACAAUGAAGCUCAAAACUGGAUUUCUAGUAUUUCUUAUUUUAAAUAGUUAUAAAUUAAUGAGCAGAUUAAAAAAUGCUGUUUUAAAAAAAGAUGUUAUUUUUCACUUAGAAAAUACGCUGGGGGAGUCACAAGCUUCCUGCUGUAAGCUCUCAGCAGCAAGUAAGGGAAAUGGGGGCGGGCCUUGCGCCACACCAAAAGCCCCCCCCACAACUCGGAGGUAAAUUUGUACUGAGCUACUCCUGCUCUGCAGAACUUAUGUCCUAGAAAAUAACAGUUUUUUUUUAAAUUUUGGCACCACUGGGAACGCUUUGAAAAUAAAUAGAUGAUCGGAGUGGGACUUUAAAGUCAAUUAUUUUUUGUUACAGGCUUUAAAAAUCCAGAAUUCAGCUCCUGAGGCAGAUCUAAACGAGGUUUUGCACCAAGUUACAGGUUCAUCUGUGCAGCUCCUGUGAAGCUGGACUCAUUGGUCACAAACUCCCCUCCUCCUGAGCCGUUGGGCUGCAGACGAACAUCAGACCAGCAUCAUCCAAAAGCAUUGACUGUGUGACAUAACACACAGAAAAGGACUUACUAUCUAGCUCCAACAACAUGAAGUUAAUUCAGUCGCCCUUAUUGGAGAUACGAACAUCCCCAUGUUCGAACCAGAAAUCAUCAGUAAGCAGUGAUUGGUCUGAGUCAAUGUUUCUAUGGCAACCCUUCUCGCCAAUCAGGCGUGAGCCAGUCGGAAGGCCACACCCCUUACCUCAUGAAAGUGGGCUGCAUGAACUCUAUCAAUCAAAUGUUUUGAAUGUUUUCCAUAAGACCACAUACUUCUAUUGAGGCGUCUGAUUGGUCGGUAUAUAACUUACAAUAAAGAAAAAAAUCGUGAAAAAAAAUUAGGAUUAGUAAGAACAUGUUAAAAAAUGGUUUCUGAGCAAGGAUGGUUAUUCUGAAAAAUAGAACAGCUGAAUAGCUGUUUAUUGGGAUUUCUGCUUUUUAGGAUCGGCAGGUACUUCCUGUUUGGAGCACCAGGGGUAGGGGCCACUCAGUCCAGGUCUCAUACACAGUCAAUGUUGCGGGCUCUUCAUCACAUGGGAUGUGAAGGGAGAAGAGGAUGCGUUCGCAGCAUCCAUGGGUUUUUGUCGCGAGUCCUCUGCUGGGUUUGAGCUGCAGACUCGCCUUCUCCGGCUGUGUAGUGGAACAAGCUGUCAGAAAUAAUAAAUGACAGUAGGUCGGAACCGUUCCAGCAGAGUCUGACCUAUUAGUUUGUAUUUGAAUGGGGUAAAUAUUUAUGGUGAACUGCAGUGAGAUAUUUUGCUAAAAUAAACUGUAAAACGAG